GAAGAGAAAGAAUAUCAAGAACAACAACAGGUUGAUGGAGAAGAAGAAAAGAUGGAGGAAGGAGGAGAAAAGGAAGCAGAGAAAGAAGAACAACAACAACAGGUUGAUGGAGAAGAAGAAAAGAUGGAGGAAGGAGGAGAAAAGGAAGCAGAGAAAGAAGAUCAAGAACAUCAACAGACUGACAGAGAAGAAGAAGAAGAAGAAGAGAUGGAGGAAAAAGAAGAUAAGGAGGUGAAGAAACAAGAACAACAGGUUGAUGGAAAAGAAGAAGAAACUGAGGCCUUGGUUGACGGAGAAGAAAAUGCAGGAGAAGAAAGUAAAGAGCGGGAAGAGGAACCACAUGACGAACCACCAAACCAGCUCGAUCAGUCAGGUUCCCAAAAAUCAUCACCUUCAUCACCUCUACAAGACUCUGAAGUUGCUGAAACGCUGAGUCAUGGUGGUGCAGAAACAGGAAAUGAAGCUCCCAGGGUCCUCACAGAUGAAGAGAAAGGCUCAGGCGCUGCCAGAAACCACAACGGGGACAUUUAUCCCACAUCACCGAGCAACGACAAUGAGAUGGAGCGAGCUUCAACCCCGGCUGCUUCUCUGACCGACACAAAUCUACCUUCUGCUCGUCUGAACCUGAGAGAUCCCACAGAGGAGGUGGAAAUACAGAGUUUGGAGGAACACGAGCGAUUUGAAACACCGACACCAUUUCCUGCUCCAGGACAUCGAAGUGAAACAGCAGAAUCAGCAGCUGACGACGACGGCCGAGAUAUUACACCUGAACUACAGACAGAUCUACAGGCCUCAGGUUGCAGGUUGGAGGAGAAAGUGACGUUAAUGGAUGCAGCUGCCCAGUCGUCGUUAAGGGCCGAACAAGGAGGCAAAGAGCUCAGUCCGACCUCAUCCAGCACAGGAAACCCUGUGACGGAAGUGAAGGAGGACAAAGUAGACAGAGAGGAAGGAGGUGAAAACUCUCACAAGAUGAACGGCGAGGCGGACGAAGCAGACGACAACAAGAACGGCAGCUGCCAAUCAUCAAAGUACAAAACUGUGUCCUACAGGAGGAUCCGGAGAGGAAACACCAGACAGAGGAUUGAUGAGUUUGAGUCCUUGAUGAACUUGUGAUCAAGCCCUAAAUGUUGUCAGAGGGUUUGGUUCUCUUGAUCGAAUAGCUUUUUUGUGAUCCCUUGCUUGCAGAUGAUGACCUCUAGUGGUAACAUAUAGAGAAAGGUAGUGGACCCAGGACAGAGCCUUGUGGUACGCCAUAUUGAAUGUCGGUUCUUUGUGAUGAGAAGCUUUUAAUUGAGACAAAAAAGGGAUAGCUAGGAUUUUUUCCAAUUUUGUUCAUGAAAGGUGUUAGAUAAAUAAAGUUUAAUUGUUUAUUUAGAUAGCACCAAAAGGUCACAAGUUUGAGGUCUCAAUUAAUAACAGCGAUGUGUGUUGUGAACUUAAAAUCACUUUUCUUCACUGUUUUUGUAGCUGUAGCUUGUUCACGCCUCACAUCCUCUCCCCAACUGCAAAUAAAUCUUACCAUUCACAACCUAAUGUGGAGGUUCCUGAGCUUGUAGGUGCUUAUUAUAAAGCCAUGUCUGUCUGGUUCUUCUGGUGACUCCCCUACCUACUGCCCUCUGUUCAUCGUUCCCAGUCCAGUGCGAUAGUAUUUUUAUGAUGGAAUAGUACUUCAUUUGUGGUAAUUUAAUUAAACACAACUAUAUUAGGAAUGUGCAUCCUGUGAGCACAAUAUAAACUUAAAUAAUAGAGCUUUUAAAACAUAAUUUUGAGAUUUAUUUAUCUUAUUUUAUUUAGAUUUUGUACAAUGCGAAUGGUUGUCAGAGAUUGGAUAUCAGCUAGAUGAGAACUAUGCUGAAAUCCAUCCGCUGAUGAAGGCCACAAGAUGCAACUAAAAGCUAAGCAAAAUUUCCAGUAAGUGGACCUUGUGAAGCUCCUGUUUCCAAGGACAAUAUUGAAUCUUUAAGCUCAAAUUUGAGGCUGACAGGCCACAAUAGAAAUGUUACUUGUUUCCCCAUUGAAAUUUAAAACUGAAAAAUGUUGUACUUUAUUUAAAAUGUAAUACUUUAUUCUUUCACUGGUGGUAUUUUCAUUAACAGAGACAUUGAACCAGACCCAUCUGAUGAUACGUAGAUGUCAGGAGUCUGAACAUGUAGAAAAAUCAUAACACUGACAGAACAUAAUGGUAUUAUUAAACUGAAAGAACAAACAAGAUAUUUUAAAUAUCAUAACGUCAUAUAUCUAUAAAGUCCUAGAAAAUAAACACAGUGAUAUUCUAAUAUAUGUUUUGGAAGAAAUUGAUAUAACUGAAUGUUUAGUUGACUAAUAUGUUAAUGUAAAGUUCACAGUCUGAUCAUCACUAUUGUAUUAUAUUUAUUAUUGAAUUUAAUGAUAUUAAACACGCUUACAAAGCAUCAUA